CAUAUAUCAGAUAAUACUGGUGCUGUGCUAGAAAUACACUUGUUAAUAUUAUGUUUUAAGACCUAACAUGUAAUUAUUGGUAGCAAUCCUGUCUCAACUGUGGUUCAGGAAAGAAUGUUUUGAGACUGAACAGCAUGCAAGGUUUCCCACCACAAAAUAUUUCAUACACAUCUUUUAAGCUAAAUGGCUUUCUGGCCUUGGGAGAAUGGAGACCCAUAUUAUCCAUACCUUAUUUCCUUAUGUUUUUAUUGUCUACUAUAUCAAACUCUAUUAUAAUAUAUUUAAUUGUAUCUCAGAAGACUCUACACUCACCAAUGUAUGUACUAAUAGGUUUUAUGGCUGUUGUGGACUUAUGUUGGCCAAUAUUUUUUGUACCAAGUUUGUUGCUCGACUUUUUAUUUGACUGGAAUGGAAUUUCUCUAGUGAGCUGUUUAAUACAAAUGUUUUGCAUUCAGAUUCUUGGUGCAUUCCAGUCUACUGUACUGGUGUGGAUGGCACUAGAUCGGUUCUUUGCUAUAUGCAGACCACUUUAUUAUCACAAAUACAUGCAAUUCAAAAGUUUUCUAAAGUUUAUUAUUGUGCCAGUUACCAGAAAUCUAUUCUUAAAUAUCAUAAUGACCUCUUUGGCUGGGAAAUUGAAUUUCUGUACAAUAAAUGAGAUAGAUCACUGUUUUUGUGAACAUAUGGGAUUGGUUCAGCUGGCAUGUGGAGAUACCUCUAUUAACAACCUAAUUGGCCUCGCAUCUGCUUUCCUUAUACCAACAUCAGAUUUUCUUUUCAUUACUGCAUCAUAUAUAAUAAUAUUUGCUUCUGUCAUGAAAUCAGGAAAAGCCCACUUGAAGGCUAUCAACACUUGUAUUACACAUAUUAUUGUCAUGACAGUCAAUUUAGCAUUUGCCUUGAUUGCUUUUAUGUCAUACAGAAUAAGAAAUAAUUUUUCUCCCAAUAUUCGUGUCUUUCUGAGUACUAUGUAUAUAUUAUUCCCAAGUUGUUUCAACCCAAUUAUUUAUGGAGUAAGAACAACUGAAAUAAGAAAACAGUUUCUUAAAUUUUUGAACCAUAUGAAAGUCUUACCACAGUAAUAUACUGAAGUGGGAUGGUGUAAUAAUUGCAGGGUUGUUUUGGUGUGCAUUUACUUGAAAGAACUUUUAUCUAUUUUAUCAAAUAACUGUUGUCUGAAAUGAUUAAAUGUCACGCCAGAUACACAGAAUGAAUUCUGAGCACUAAUACUGAAUAAUAUAUUUUAUUAGCAACAGUAAAUAUAUAGUUAAAAAUGUUACAUACUAAUAUGUUAAUAAAACAUAAUAUUAUAUUAUACAAUUGUAUACGGUACUAAGUUCUGUAUAUGUACAAUAGAUCUUCAUAGUCUCUAAUAGGUUAAUAUUUUGUAUGAAAUCACUGAGGCCAUAACCAUAUUUCAUCCCAAUAGAGUGAGUGAUUUUAGUGAUUUUAGAUGAGAUUGACAGUUGUUAGAUUCCGUGGGAGCCUAGGGGAGAACAGCUCCCCCAUCUUUGGUUUACACAAAGAGUAUGCAAAACUCCUGUAUUAUAAUUUGAUAGAAAUUGAGUUCAAUUCAGUUUUAUUUGUAUAACACUUUUAACUUUUAACAAUUUUAACAACAGCUUUACAGACAUUCUGAUAUAAAUUUUUUUUCUUGAAAUUUUUUCUCUAAUGAGCAAGCCAGAGGCGAUGAUGGAAAUUUGGUCUGGAUGGAAAUGUAAUUUAUGGAAUGGCAUAAUGAUAAUCAGGUUGGUGAUGUAAUGCAGUUUCACACAGCUUUAAAAUGUUUUCCUUCAGUAAUGGUUUAAUGAUGUGUAUAUACAUUUGAUCAUUAAAGUUCAUUUUGCUGGUUUGGUGUCAUCUAUAUUAUACAGAAUAUAAUAACGAGAUAUUUUGUUACAUUUUGAUGCCAAAACUCACAAACAAGGAAUAAUGAAAACUUAGGUACAGCCAUUUAUUCGUCAUAUCCUGGCUCCCAAGUGGUACAACAGAAAAGAGUAUGCCCUGUCAUCUGGAAAUUGUGCAUUUGAAUCCUGAGCAGUAGAAAAUGGGGUUAAAAAGAUCCCCCACAUCCAAAAUAAAAUGUGUCACAUCCAUAAUGCCAGUUUUUCUUUCUAAAUGAUGUAUUCACAAAACAAGAAAUAUUUUAAAAUCUAUACCUUUUGUGUUCUCUUUCAUGUUAUACAUAUGUAUAAUGGUUUUGGCAAUUGUCUUUAAAAUUCAAAGAGUUUAUAGACGAUGUGUAGUCUCCCACAUAAGUUUGUCUACUUGAUGUCACAUGCACAUCUGUUUGAAACAUUGGAUAUACAGUGGAUGUACAGUGGAUAUACAGUGGAUGUACAGUGGUUUUGGGCCAAAAUAGAGUAUUUAGAGCUAUCCAUGAUUCCUUCUUGAUCUUGAUCCCUUUUCACGAUCUUGACUAGAGCCCCAUUGCUAUCUGAAUAGAAGCAGCCCCAUUGCUAUCUGAAUAGCAUGAUACUGCCUCCACCAUGCUUCACCAGGCCACCUUACCCUAUAGCCCAGGCAUGUGAAGAAUAUGAGAGAUUGUUAUCACAUGCAGGGAGUGACCAGUAUCUGCCAGAUAUUCCAGCAGCUCCUUUAAUAUUGUUGUAUGUCUCUUUGCAGCCUCCUUGAUAAGCCUCCUUUUCUUUUUGUCCUAUUGUCAAUUUUAGAGGGAUGACCUGCUCUUGGUUAUGUCACUGUGGUGCCCAAUUUUCUCCACUUGUUGAUGAUGGCCUUAAUAGUGUUCCAUGGUACAUCCAGUGUUUUGGAUGUUAUUUUGUACCCCUUUCCUAAUCAAUGCAUUUCGACAAUGGGAGCCCAUACGUGUAUGAUAAAUACAUUUAAACAUUAUUGUAAAUAUGA